UAUCGGAAUCGUCAAGUUUAGGGAACAAGCCGCAGAUUGACGGUUGGAAAUCAAUAGUCAUGGCGACCGUUUCGACCAGCGCGAAGAAAACGAGCCGGUGCAAGAGAGAGAAAAAACUGGUUUCGUCGGAUAGGGAAAUGGUUGGGGGGGUAAGACAAACAAAGGGGAAAACAUGCCGGCCCCCCCGACUGAACCCCCAGAAACAUGGGUUCGCUCGGUGGACCACAGCAAGGAACUCAAUGUUGUGGGUCCACAGGCCUUGAUCCUUGGCCAUAACUCGGUAGCCUUGAAGCUAAGCUUUUUGGGCAGCGCCAAAUUUGGAUUCGAGGCGAGUGCGCAGAACACAAAGGUCCAGAAUUCUGGCAUUGCUGAGGCGUAGGCAGGCUGGCUGGCACCGAGACAUUUCAGCAGCGCAUUGAGAAAAAGACAACAGAAGCAAUAUAGGAAGCUUCUAAGGUACCCUGGAAAUUAGAUGAUGAAGAUUACUCCGUAGACACAUAAGAAAAUUAGGUACCUCGGA